GGAAGUGCGGGCGUUCAACAAAAGCAGACGAUAUAUGAGAUAUGGCGCAUGAUGCAAGUUGCAGAUGUUCAUACAUGUAAUGGAAUGAUGCAUAGAAUAAGAUAUUAGUAACAAGAUAAAUAUAUUUGAAUUAAAGACAUGGCAAAAUUAUCUGCUGAAAACAAAACAGAGAGAAAAAAUGGAAUUUAAACGUGCUUUUAUAAUGCCUUCAUUAAUCAUCAUAUAUGGUUAGAUUCCAAAAUGUAAAAAAAAAAAAAAGAUUUGUGAAUAUAUGGACGCUCAGAUAUAGUAAAACAACAUGUCAAACAUUACUGUAACAGACGAGAUUUUGAACGAGUUAAAUGAUGAAAAAGCACGAACGCUUAUACCCGCCAUGGUCUUCUGUGCAUUGCUGAUGGCCAUUGGAACGCUGGGUAACAUCCUCGUUGUCUUUUUUUACGGGUUCAAAUCCAAAACCACGUCUGCAACAUGUUUCAUCCUAGCUCUAGCCAUUUUCGAUCUGGUGGCUUGUCUUUUUGGAAUACCGAUAGAGAUUACCGACAUGCGACUUUUUUACCUGUUUAAAAGUGUAACUGCGUGUCGUCUGCUUGUUUUCGUCAACCACUUUGCUGUCAUCGCAUCCGCAUUUACAUUAUGCUUCAUAGCAAUCGAUCGUUACAGAAGAAUUUGCAAACCAUUCGAUAAACAGAUGUCGGUAAAACGCGCGAGAAUCAUAUGUGGGAUUUGCGCGGGACUUGGAGUUAUUCUAGGUUGGCCGUCUGUCGCCCUUUACACUGUGGAGAAAGUAGACAUUGCUACGAUCUAUAAUAAUGAACCGGUAGUGAUCACUGGGUACGACUGUACUUCCGUUAAAGCGGAAGUCUAUUCACCCUAUCUUUGGACAUACAGUGUAAUACAGUUUGUUGGCUUUCUUGGAAUCACCACAGCUUUAAUCGUCUGCUACUUUCUCGUGGGACGUCAAUUAUUCAAACACAAGAAGUUUCGCUUCUAUGUAGCCCAGAAUGGCUUACGGCGAACUGCAAGUGGCACUGUAACGACUAUGACGACAUCUAACACUGAAUAUUCAUCCGACAACGCCGUGACCUCUAUACCUAUCGCCGCGAUACCGGAAGAAGACGAGGAGGAGCUGGAGGAAGUGGAAUACGAAGGUCCAGAUGAUGACCCACCAAUGAUGCAAGAAUCAAUACCGGAUCUACGCGAACUUUUAGAGUUAGAUGCCAAAGGUUUAACGGAUGUUGAUGAAGACAGACCACCUUCAGCUAUACGAGACAUUCUCGGCGGAAGUGCUCCUAACUCUAGUCGACUAAGCAGGCCUAGUUCGAUUCUAACUGACGUAAGUUUGAGAUCUAAAGGUAGUAUUAUGACAGUGAGGAGUGUUAUUAUUUGUGACGAAAGUGAAAACCAGAUUUUUGAUAUUGAACCUCGUGACAAAAACGCUAUUCCUCAUUGGCGGCCGAGAAGUGCUUUAAGUGACUCCACGUGGUCUAACAGCAUCACGCGGCCCGGAAGUGCUUGUAGUAUUAAUACUAUUUCCCGGCCUCCUAGUAUCACAUCUAUUCAUAGUUUAACUGAGGUCGAGAGCAAUAAUAACUCUCAAACAAAAACACAUUCGCUCGGCGGUUCAGAUCCUGUACGGGCACCAAAAGAACUCAAAAGAACGCGAAGUGAAGGUUUUGUGGAGUCACGUCCGGUAAGACGAACGGGCAGCAAUAGAAGUAUUGGAAAAACAGGAGGUAUAAGAAGAACACUUAGUGAAGGGAGUGGUUUAAAAAGAACCGGAAGUAAUACAAGUACGUCAUCACGUUUACGACGCACCGGAAGUACUGAAAGUUCAAAAAUGAACACUGACACGGAUACGUUAAAAGACAUGCGCAUGAAAAUGCUAGAUAUAAAUACAAUAAAAUACACUUUUAUAAUGAUUGUAAUUGCAGUUGUGUUCGUCUGCAGUUGUGUACCAUAUUUGGGAUUGGCGGUUUGGCGCGUUUACGCACACGAGAAUUUAGUGUACGAAUUCAAUGACGUUCAACAGGUAUUGUUUCAAAUUGGAAUAAGAUCGUAUUUUCUAAACUGUGCUAUAAACCCAUUUAUUUACGGAUUUUUCAAUUCUCAAUUUCGUGCUUAUUUCUACAAAGCAUGCUGUUCGUGUUGUGACGCCAGGGACCAAGUUUCGGAUGCAGAUUGAAACUAAAAUUAUUAUUGUAAAUAUAUAAUUUAUACCAUAUUUUUUUCUCUUAGACUGGCCAGUCAUGAAGUACAAUAAUUAUACACUAUAUAUACAUGUAUACUUUCUUCCCAGCCAGCAUUUUUAUUGGGCGGAUCAGUUUUGAAACUUUGAAUCCAUUUUUUAUACAUAUUAUACUACUAGAUUAAGCAAUCACACAGUUAUGUGAUCAUGCUUGUCGGGUGGCAUUUUAUCAUUGACCAGUAAGAAUAACCAAACUGGUCUGUUAUAUAUACAAUCGGACUAAAAUAAAUGUAAUGGGUAAAU